AUGUCGUGGCUCUGGAAGGGAGAUGCCAACUCCCCUGCAUCUUUCGAGAAAGCGCUCUCCAAGCUGUCCUCACAAAUCACUGCCGCGAACCUGGCCCUUGACAUCAAUCGCAGUCGAGAUCGCCGAAUCAAAGCCCUGUGGACUCUUUACACAACCCUCACAUACCUUCUCUACACUUUGAUCAUUGUUCUCGUCCUUGGACCGCGGAAUUGGUCCAUCUAUCACUAUGCCGGCCUCAUUGGAGCACCGAUCACCAUCUACGUGGUCCGAAUGGUCAUUGCUGCUUUUUUCGAUUGGAGGAUAAGCCGUCAGCAAGCAUACUUGGAUCAUUUGCAGAAGCAACGGGAACAAAAGAUUGCAGAUCUCAAGAAAGCCACAAAGUAUGACAGUACUCAAGAACUACUCCAGAAGUACGGCGGUGCUCCACCGACAAAGUCACCCUCGAAGCAGCCUCAGCAAGGGACGAAAAGAAAGCCCGGUCCUCCCACAGAGAAACUCCCUAUGCAAAGGACUGGAAUUGCACCUCCACCAACAGCAAAUAUUCCAGGAAGACAGAACCCCAACCCACUUGCGCAGAAACCGAAUAUACAACCAGGCGCUACACCUAUGUCGCCAACUCAUGGCCCAUCAGCACUUGCCGGUCCUAUGAUGGCACACAGCCCCGUGGAUUUAACGCCGGAUUCGCCAGGUUUUGCUCCCAACGCCUUUGCGAGCAUACCACCCCCUUCCAGCACCACAUAUGAGCAGCCGCCCCACUGGUACGACCGCAUACUAGAUGUCCUUCUUGGCGAGGAUGAAACCGCCGCGAAGAACCGAUUGGUGUUGCUGUGCUCCAGGUGUCGUCUGGUCAACGGUCAAGCCCCUCCUGGUGUUAGGGCACUGGAGGAAUUAGGGCGUUGGAGAUGCAGUGGCUGCGGUGCUUGGAACGGAGUCGAAAGUGAAAGUGCGAAAGCUGUCACCGAAAAUACUGCUGGCUCGAAGGCAGAGGAUGUGGAGGGCUGGGAGAGGGUGCCUCGAGCUGCGGACAUUCGAGAAGAAACUCCCGAAGACUCCAAGUCCGAAGAAAUAUCUGAUAUCAGCAAUCAGGGAGGGACAGGACGAGAAGUUGAUGAUGACGGCGGCCUCGUCAAGCGAGUCACCCGUAGUGCAGGCAAGCAAGAUUCCCCCGAGCCUUUGGAAUGA